AGAUUCAAAUUCAACUUCCUAGUGGUGGCAGCACUGACGAUUCCUUCUCCAAAAUACAUACUGCACUUUGAUUUGCCACACAUUGAUCAGCUGACUGCUGCUGACUGUGUUGGAUCUAACAGUUUUCAAGGUAAAAACCGAAAAUGAUACUCAAACAGCAGCAAAACGGUUCUUUAUUUGCCACUGAAAUUGGUGGGCCAAUGAUAUUUACAUUCUACAAAGUGUCGAAUAUCGAGAAAGAGAAAUUGAGCCACGAUAUUCAGACCAAUGGUGGUAAAGUCAUUCAAUACAACGAGAGGAACACAUAUACAAUUGUAUUAACGAAAAAGAAUGAAUUUUUGAGUGAUAUAAUUCAAUUUGAUUUGCAAUACAUUAUAGACUGUAUAAAAGUGAAUAAAAUUCUACCACUAGAAAAUUAUAGACUUGGCAAAAAAGUUCAUGUUAGUUGCUGUUAUAGCCAACCAUUUAAUUCUAAACGUUGCAUCUUCUUUGAUCUGAUUCAGAAAGGCAAAUGUAAAAGACAUGACCAUUGUAUUUCAACAAAGCGAUGUGCUGAUGUGAAUUCAGAUGUUGAAAUGAAGACUCAACAAAAAAUAGAUACCAUAAAAAAUUUGAUUUACGAGGUUAGAGAAACGCAGGUGAAGGUCGAGCUAUCUGCGAUGGAGAAUGACAUUAGCGACCUAUCGUCCGACGAGUCUGAAAGCUUAUUAAAGAAACUACGGAAGUAAGCGGCGCGAGAAAUAUCCGGCCACUUGAUCGUUCAAGCCCCUGGAAGAUCACAAGCCAACCUCCUCCUCCUCCUCCUCUCUCCUCUCCUCUCCUACCCUUACGCUCGGCCGAUCAAGUGGCCGGAUGCUCCGGAUGCGCGCCCUUUUUUCCUUCACCUUUCACUUGAACCUUCUCGCUCGUUGAUCGCUCGCCGACCGUUCUUUUCUUACCUGCUCGUUACGAUAUUUAUCGAGGGCGUGGAGAGCCGAAAUAAAUAAAUAAGCAAUUUAUUAUCACUAGAUUUU